CAUCUCAGCCCAUCUCAGCCCAUCUCAGCCCUUCCACAUUUGGACUCCAGCCAUGGCACGGACCAAGCAGACAGCCUUCAAACGUCCUUCGCCCGCCUUCGGCGGAGCCGCCUUCGGCGCAGCCGCCUUCGGUGCACCAGCCUUCGGCGCCCCGGCGCCGCGCGCGCGGUCGCGGUCGCCGCAUGGGGCUGAGCAAGAGACCAAUGCGGCGACAGACGCAGCCGGAGCGGAGCAGAACAAGGCUGCAGCCCUGAUGCGAGAGAAGCUGAAGGCUGAACCCGUGGUAGUGAAGACGAUGCGCCCGGGGGAUGGAACGACCUUUCCCAAGGAAGGUGAUCAACUCGUAAUGCACUUCUCGGGCACCGUGCUGAAAGAAGGUCGGCAACCGCCGUCCUUCGACUCCAGCUGGACCCGGCAGAAGCCUUUCAGCUUCAGGAUCGGUACCGGGGAAGUGAUCAAGGGCUGGGACGAAGGACUUCUGCGAAUGUCACAAGGAGAGAAGGCCACGCUGGGCGUCAGAUCGGACUAUGCCUAUGGAAAGGCUGGUGCUGGGUGCAUCCCACCGUACUCCGACUUGUGCUACGAGGUUGAACUGCUGAAGGUGGGAUGAAGUCUACACAGAAAGCCAUCAGAUGAAACCGGUGGCACGAGGUAUUUUGGACAAGAAGAAGUGAAAAAGAUCAAAAUGAAGUGAAAGGUUUUUAGGAUGUAUCAUAUAUAAAUUCAUUUGACAUCAUUUGACCAUCACCGACAAGCAUGUUCCAACUGCUUGUUAACAUCUUUGAAGUCGUUUCAGUUGGCCUUGAACUCACCAUUGGUUUCGCGUACCAGACGUCUUGCUGUACAGGGUCAUCGUUUUGGGUACCGCGCGUCUUCGGCGGCGUGCAACACGCAACCGCUGGCGCCGGUCUCCAGCGCGAUGUGUUUGGCGCGGAAAAAAA